AUGCGAUCCAACUAUCUAGUCAACAGUGCAGUUGCUGCUGCUCUCUACUCGUCCUUGACUGCUGCUGUGGUCUUGGAUACUGAGGGCCUCCCAGACUCUGGCCUCAACACGUCGUCCUGGGUCACUGGCGUUAGGCCACCACUGGCUGAUAUCUAUAAUCUCCAUGACAUGCAAUUGGCGGUUAAAAAUUAUUUGGGCACGACUCAGUAUGCUUACAUUCGUACCGGCUCUUUGGACGAGCUCACAUAUCAUGCGAACCUUGACAUCUGGAAGUACGUUAAACUCCGGCCUCACCAAUCCCAUGGCCGCAACGUCGCCAACGUCAGCACAGAGCAAACUAUCUUGGGAACCAAGUUCUCUGUUCCGUUCUUUAUCGCUCCUGCUGGAUAUUCCAGCUUCACUGACCCCGAGAACGGCGAACUGAACCUCGUUCGGGGAGCAGGGAACCAAGGAGCGCUCUAUGUGCCCAGUAUAUUGUCUAGCAAGUCGACCGCCGAAAUGGCCGGCGUCAGGUUGAGCAAUCAGACCCUAUUCAGACAAAUUUACCCUUGGGCCAAUCGCACCAGACUUCUCAAUGAUUUUGCUGAGGCCGAGGCAUCAGGCUACAAGGCCAUCUUUUUGACACUGGAUAACCCUACGGUUCAGGGAGUCCGCACACGCGCACUCAGAGAGGGGGCUCCUGAUAGCAGUGGUACAUACUCGACCGACCGUAGUCUCCAGACUGCUGCUGAACUCCAAAAGUUAACCAAGCUUCCUAUUGUACCAAAAGGUAUAAUUUCGUGGGAAGAUGCCAAGAGGUGCCUCGAUCUUGGCUUCAAAGCCGUAUACAUCAGCAACCACGGGGGUCGUCUCAUCGACACCGCUCCUACUGCCGUUGAGAUUAUCCUUGAUAUCCACAAGAACGCCCCUGAGGUGCUUGCAAGCAUGGAGGUCUACGCAGAUGGAGGAGUUCGUCAUGGAACCGACAUUGCCAAACUGCUCGCACUCGGCGUGAAAGCAGUUGGCAUUGGUCGAUCGGCCGUGUUCUCCAAUGCGUGGGGCGUGGAGGGCGUUGAGAAGUUCUUCAGCUUGCUCAAGAGAGAGUUAACUACUACUAUGAUGCUCCUCGGCGUCACAGAAAUUUCUCAGCUGGACCGAACCUAUGUAAACACCAAAGCUGUCGAAAACAUGAUAUUCUGA